AUGAAGUUCAUGAAGCUCGGCUCCAAGCCGGACACCUUCCAGGCGGACGGCGGCAGCGACUCCAGAUAUGUGCUGUCCGACCUGCCGUCAGACAUCGUCGUCCAUGUCGAGGAGGCAAGGUUCUAUCUACACAAGUUCCCUCUGCUUUCCAAGAGCAGCCUGCUGCAGCGGCUGAUAAUCGAGGCGAGCCAGAACGGCGCCGACGAGGUCUACCUGCACGGCAUCCCCGGCGGGGCGAAAGCCUUCGAGAUCUGUGCUAAGUUCUGCUACGGCAUGGUCGUCACGCUGAACCCGUACAACGUCGUGGCCGCGAGGUGCGCCGCCGAGCACCUCGGCAUGACGGAGGACGUCGACAAGAGCAACCUCGUGUUCAAGAUCGAGGUGUUCCUCAACUCCGGCAUCUUCCGGAGCUGGAAGGACUCCAUCAUUGCGCUGCAGAGCACUGUCGCAUUGCUGCCGUGGUCGGAGGAGUUGAAGCUGGUCGCGAGGUGCGUCGACUCCAUCGCAGCCAAGGCAACGGCGAGCCCUGGGACCGUGGUGUGGUCGUACACCUAUAACCGGAAGGCGGCGUCCUCCGACGAGAUUGUCGAGGCUCUCCGGUGCUCGUCGUCGUCGAAGGCGGUGCCGAGGGACUGGUGGGUGGAGGACCUGUGCGAGCUGGACGUGGAGCUCUACAAGCGUGUCAUGGUAGCGGUGAAGUCCAGGGCGAGGGUGCCUCCCGACGUCCUCGGGGAAGCUCUCAGGGCGUAUGCCGCCCGGUGGCUCCCGGAGAGUUGCCGUGAUACGCCGGCGACCCACGACGAUGCGUGUUCCAUGGAAGUGCUCGAGACCAUCGUCUGGCUGAUGCCGUCCGACGACGGUGGAUCAUCGUCGUGUUGCUGCUCGUGCCAAUUCUUGCUGAAUCUUCUGAAACUGGCUGUCCUGGUUGGAGCCGGGGAGUUGCUGAGGGAGGAGCUCAUGGACAGGGUCGUCCCGCUUCUGCACGAGGCAUCGGUGAACGAUCUGCUGAUCCCGGCCAGGCCGCAGACGGACACCGCCUACGACGUGCAGCUGGUCGAGGCGCUGGUCGGCAGGUACAUGCGGCGCACUGGCAGAAACGCCGGAGACGGAAUCUCCCUCGAUGGUAUUGACAGGGAGGAUGUGUUCGAAACGUACAUGGAGGCAGAUGAGUCGUUGCUAUCACUGUGCAAGCUCGUCGACGGGUACUUGGCCGAGGUCGCCACCGACCCAAACAUGCCGGUGUCGAGCUUCAUCGGGUUGGCGACUACCAUGCCUGAAUCGGCCAGGCCGGCGCACGAUGGCCUCUACACCGCCAUUGAUGUCUUCCUCAAGUUGCAUCCCGACUUAUCCAAGUCGGACAAGAGGAAGAUAAGCAGCCUGAUGGACGUGAAGAAGCUCUCCAAGGAGGCGUGCAUCCACGCGGCGCAGAACGACCGGCUCCCGCUGCGCAUCGUCGUGCAGGUUCUCUUCUUCGAGCAGCAGCGGGCGGGUAGCACGAGCACCCCGCUGCUGCUGGCGACGUCGGCCGCCGGCGACGGCAGCACGCGCCUGGAACUGGAAGACGACUGCUGGAAGAACCGCGCGCUGGCGCUGGCGUUGCCGGAGCCUCCGACUCCGACUCCGACGGCGGCACUAAGGAACCAGCUCGGGAGCAUGAGCCUGAAGCUGGUCGACGAAGACCGGCGCCGCGUCGACGGCGGUGGUGACCGGCGGCUGGCGAGGAGCGCCAGCAUCGCGAACCAGAGCAGCAGGCUGUCGCUGUCGUCAAGGUCUCGGAGGAUCUUUGAUAGGCUGUGGGUCGCCGGGAAGCCGCUCGGCGAGGUGGUCAGCAAGAGCUCCGACACGUCCGGGAGUUCGCAGAGCCCGCGAUCGUCGGGCAAGCCGCUGGACUCCAACAAGUCGUCGUCGAGGAGCCGGCGCUACUCUGUGUCGUAG